AUGGAAGUUAGCAGCGGAUUCGAGUAUAUCCUGCUGACAUUCGCUCCAGUACUUGGGAUGAGUGUGAAACUCCUGGGAUGGAUAGAUCUCGUCAUUCUGCAUCGAAUGGUAUCUCGUCAUUCUGCAUCGAAUGGUGUAAGACAAGUGGGGUAUCGUCGACUGAAAUAUAUCCUGCUGAUAUUCGUCCCACUACUUGGGAUAUCUCUGAAACCUUUGGGAUAUAUAGAUCUCGUCAUUCUGCAUCGAAUGGUGUAAGACAAGUGGGGUCACCGACCCACUACACCAGUUUUACCAGUAAAUAGUAGUAAAAUAGUAGAUUUUACCAGUAUAUCCUGCUGAUAUUCGCUCCAGUACUUGGGAUAUCUCUGAAACCUCUGGGAUAUAUAGAUCUCGUCAUUCUGCAUCGAAUGGUGUAAGACAAGUGGGGUCACCGACCGACUACACCAGUUUUACCAGUAAAUAGUGGUAAAAG